GACUUGUUCAGGAAUACUUACAUGACUCUGCCUUGUUCCCAUUGACAUCUUAGUUUGAAAUUACAGGUCGAAUUUGGACCGCCCAUCAUUCUUCAUGGUUGGAUGCUUGUUGUACGUACUUGAAUUAGAAUUAUUCUUGUACUGGUUCUGAUUCCAAAAAAAUAUCUUUGCUUAUUGAUUCUAGUUGCUGUUAGUUCCGUUUCUUGCAAUGGAUUCUUUUUGGGGAGUGACUUGCACUUAAAUUGUUGCAACCAUCUUUCUAGAGUGCGACAACAUCAAGAAUAAUGUUGACCAAGUAACCUUCGACGACAGUAUUAAGAAAAUGAAGACAACGUCUUUAAACGACUUGGACGCCCAGCUGGCUGCUCUCGAGGGAGAUAGCGGCUCUGAUUAUGAGAACGCCUCGGAGUCCGAACCAUCAUGUGCAUCCUCUGCGAGCAGCGACAUAGUAUGGUCAUCGGAUGAAGAGGCUGGCGCAGCCCCAUCUCCGCCAAAGAAACCAAGGCGAGAUAGCGCGGAUGAGAAGGCGAAGGCAGAAGAAAAGAAGAGUAAGAGGGAAGCAAAAUUAGCGAGGAAAAACGCGAAGAAUAAUGGUGCGAAGCUUGCAGACGCGGAGAAGUCCUCGCCGUCGUCUCCGAAGAGUUCUACGAAAGACAAAAAUGCGUCGUCAAUAAGCGGAAAACAAGACCAGCAAUGCAAACAAGUCCCUGACAUUGAGGAGGAGGAGAAGAGGCGACAAGACGCGAAGAGGCGGAUACGACAGCACGCGCAAAAGGGGUUUUCUAAAGUGUGUUUUCGUUUCGUCCGCGAUGGGCAGUGCAAAUUUGACGACUGCCUGUUCGAGCACAAAGCAAUGCGUCACUUCUCGGAGGAGGACCUAGUCCGGUUCCGCAAAGAGCUGGAAUACAAACCCUUUGAGCAGAAGAUCGCGGACCAACUGAGGGAGCUGAACAUCCCGAGUUGCAAGGACUACAACCGCACCGGUGACUGCAAGAAGGGCGCAAAGUGCAACUUUUGGCACAUCUCCAACGCACACGUAGCUCGUUGGGCUGGCUUUCCGUACUAUUGCGAGCUGUGUUGGAAACCGAUAACGAGCAAAGACGCGUGGGACGAGCACGUGGCAAGCAAAAAGCACCUUCAGAAUGCAAGACAGUGGGGUGGGGCUACGACUAGUUCUUGGCAACCAUCGUCGUCGUCCAGCACAUCAACAUGGUGUCGGGAAAUACAGGACGAAAAUGAUGCUAGAAAGAAUGAGAAAUCCAAACCUAGUGCCACUGCUGGUCAGUCUGAUGCAUCGAAGUCGACAACACUGUUCUCCUUGAAUAGAGAUGAUACUGGCAAAGCAUCCGCUGCGGAAGUUCAUGCGAUAUCAGAAUCUGGUGCCGAGCAACAUAGAGCAAGGAAGAAAAAGCGACCAGCUGAGGAGGACAAAGCGGCAUCAUCAGCAGCAUCGGUAGCGUCAAUAUCAGAGGCUAAAAGCACAAAUCACGACACUGUGGAAACAAAGAAGAAGCCAAAAAAGAGGAAAGCACGUCCUGAUAUGGCAUAGCUAAAGAUGGGCUGACUUUUUCUCUGCAACACGAACAUAAUCACCUCUUGCAUGCGGAAGUGCUGCAUUUUUCCCUUACCCUCAUGCCCACAUUAAAUCUCAACUGUCAACAUUAACAUCCGCUGUAGCUCAGC